CCGGGGCCUGCGCCAAGGCAGAUCUCCUGUCGGUGUCCCACCACCCAGAGGGGCCCCAAGAGGCCAAGUCGUGCUCGGUCUGGAGCUCAGUCCACUCCUCAGUACCACCGGGGCUCAGGCAAGGACCCCAGGAGCACAGAAGGCCUCGCCUCUGUGGACGUUGUGGAGGGCCCCCAGCAGGGUGGAGAUGGCCUGCAGAGUCCAGUGGCGGCUGGCCUGGUACCUGGAGAUGAUGGGGAAGGAGGAGCUAAAGGAGUUCCAGCUUCGGCUGUUGGAACAGCCGUUCUGGGGGGACCCUCCCCACGCCCUGCGGGCCCAGCUGGGGAAGGCACGCAGCAUGGAGGUGGCCUCGCGCCUGGUGGCCCAGUAUGGGGAGCAGCAGGCCUGGGUGCUGGCCCUCCGCACUUGGGAGGAAAUGGGCCUGAGCCGGCUCUGUGCCCAGGCCCGGGCAGAGGCAGGCUUGAUGUCGGCCGCACACCCCCCAUCCCCCGGCUCCCCGAUGGCACCCAGCAUGCAGUCCCCAAACUCACCUAUCUCCACUGAGGUGCUGAGGUUCGUCCAGGACCCAAGGACAAGGAAUUCGGGACAGCCACUGCUGCCGAACACAUCUGGACACAUGUGGAAUGGAGACCCUUCCUUGUGCAAGUACCAAGGCCUUCCAGACUCCCCAGAGUUUCAAGGUUCACCACACCAGGAGUCACCCAGUGCCCCCAUGCCCACGGCAGUGCUAGGGGGCUGGGAGGCCCCACCUCAGCCCAGCCCAGUGCCCAGGAAGCAGGAGGCGCCCAAGGCUGGGUGGCCCGUGGCUGGAACAUCUGGAAACCACAACCCAGGAUACAAAUCAGGCUCUGUGCCCAGUGCUCCCCUUGCACGCUCGCUCAGAUGUCACAGACCUCACUGCUGGGGAGAAAUGUCUCCACCCCCCCAUUGCACAGGUGAAAGAAACAGAUCUCAAACAGCAGGAAUCACAGAAAGGUAUCAGCACCAGAAGAGAAAGAAGCCCUACACCACAUGGUCAUGGGAAGACAAGAACCUGCACCAGAUAUUCAUACAGCUGCUGCUUCUGCAUCAACCUUACCCUAGAGGCCACGAGUCCCUAAUCAAGGGAAGAUGGCACCAUGGGGCAGAGAAGCAAGGACAUUUGAUUGAGGUCGAAGACCUAUUUGGCCCAGGCCUAGGUGCCCAGGAAGAGCCCCAAACAGUCAUACUGCACGGGGUUGCAGGCAUCGGGAAGUCAACACUGGCCAGGCGGGUAAGGAUGGCAUGGAAGGAAGGCCGGCUCUACAAGGACCGCUUCCAACAUGUCUUCUACUUCAACUGCAGAGAGCUGGCCCGGUCCGAGACCAUGAGCCUCAAUGAGCUCAUCACCAAGGCCCAGGCCGCCCCUGUACUUCCCGCUGAACAGAUCCUGUCUCAGCCAGGGCGGCUGCUCUUCAUCCUCGAUGAUUUGGAUGAGCCAAGAUGGGUCUUGGGGGAGCAGGAGUCGGAGCUACAUUUGUCCUGGAGCAAGCAGCGGCCAGUGCACGCACUGCUGGGCAGCUUGCUAGGCAAAACUGUGCUUCCCGAGGUGUCCCUGCUGGUUACAGUGCGGACCACAGCUCUGCGGAGGCUUGUUCCCUCUAUGGGGCAGCCAAGUUGGGUGGAGGUCCUGGGGUUCUCCGAGUCCGGCAGGAGGGAGUACUUCUACAAGUAUUUCAAGAACAAAAGCCAAGCCACCCAAGCCUUCAGCUUGGUUGAGUUAAACCCAACGCUGUUAACCAUGUGCCUCGUGCCCUUGGUGUCCUGGCUGCUGUGCACCUGCCUGAAGAAGCAGAUGCAGCGAGGAGAGGAGCUCUCACUGGGUUCAUCCCAGACCACCACGGCCCUCUGGCUAUACUACCUCUCCCAAGCUCUCCCAGCCCAACUCCUUGGGGCGCAGCUGAGGGGCUUCUGCUCCCUGGCCGCUGAGGGCUUCUGGCGGGGAAUGAACCUGCUCAGCAGGAGGGACCUCAGGAAGCACGGGUUCGAUGAGGCCACCAUCUCCACUUUCUUAAAGACAGGCAUCCUCCGAAAGCAUCCCUCCCCUCUGAACUACCACCUGGCUCACCGCUGUCUCCAGGAGUUCUUUGCAGCCGUGUCCUGCGUGCUGGGGGGUGAGGAUGGUGGAAGCCCUCACCCCGACAGCAUCAGAGGGGCAGAGAAACUGCUAGAGGUGUAUGAGGGACAUGACCUGUUUGGGGCCCCAACCACACAUUUCCUCUUUGGCCUUCUGAGUGAGCAAGGGGAGCGAGAGAUGGAGGCGGUCUUCCAGCGCAAGCUGCCCUGGGAGAGGAAGCGGGACCUGCUGCGCUGGGCUGAGGCGGGGCUCUGGCCUCGGCUCUCCGCACCUCAGCCAUGCUCUCUGCACUUGCUCCACUGCCUGUACGAGAUUCAGGACGAGGACUUGCUCACACGGGCCAUGGCGCAUUUCCACGGGAGGAGCGUGUGUAUCCAAACUGGCGUGGAGUUCCUGGUGUGCACUUUCUGCUUUAAAUUCUGCUCCCACGUGAAAAGGCUUCAACUGAAUGAGAGCCGGUGGGAUGGACAAGCAUGGAGGCCCUCCAGUGUGGUUCUGUUCAGCUGGGUCCCAGUCACAGAUGCCUGCUGGCAGGUUCUCUUUUCCACUCUCCGGGCCUCUGGAAGCCUGAAGGAGCUGGACCUGAGUGGAAAUCACCUGAGCCACCCUGCAGUUCAGAGUCUUUGUAAAGCCCUGAAAUUCCCUUGCUGCCACUUGGAGACUGUGCGGUUGGCCGGCUGCGGCCUGACGGCAGAAGGCUGCAGCGACCUGGCCUCUGUGCUGAGUGCCAGCCCGGCCCUGGCGGAGCUCGAGCUGAGUUUCAACUUGCUCCUGGACGCUGGAGCCCAGCAUCUGAGCCAGGGGCUGAGACAGCCGGCCUGCAGGCUCCGCCGGCUGCUGCUGGCUGGCUGCAGCCUCACGUCCCGCUGCUGCGGGGCCCUGGCCUCCGCGCUCAGCACCAGCCCCCUCCUCACGGAACUAGACCUGCAGCAGAAUGAGCUAGGUGACGUCGGCGUGCGGCUGCUGUGCGGAGGCCUUGGGAGCCCCACCUGCCAGCUCACGCUGCUGUGGCUGGACCAGACCCGGUUAAGUGAGGAGAUGACACAGAUGCUGAGGGCCCUGCAGGAGGAGAAGCCUCAGCUGUUCAUCUGCAGCAAAUGGAAGCCAAGUGCGACCGUCCCCACCGAGGGCCUGAGUGGGGGAGAGACGAGUGGCACAUCCUCACUCAAGCAGCAGAGACAAGGAUCAGAGGGAAGCUGCCCUCAGGUAGGCCAGAUGCAGCUGGGUCGCCCACCCUCUCCUGCUGCCCCGUGGGACCUGAACACAGAGCCUCUGAGGACCGGGGAUGGCUUCUGGGGCCCCCUGGGGCCUGUGGCUCCCGAGUGGCUGGCCGAGGAUGGAAGCCUCUACCGGGUUCACCUGCCUGUGGCCGGCUCCUACCACUGGCCCGACACAGGCCUCCGUUUUGAGGUGAGAGGGCCAGCAACCAUUGACAUUGAAUUCUGCAUCUGGGACCAGCACCUGCCCAGGGCCGGCCUAUGGCACAGCUGGAUGGUGGCGGGGCCUCUGUUUGACAUCAAGGCUGAGCCAGGGGCCGUGGCUACUGUGUGCCUCCCUCACUUCGUGGACCUGCAAGGUAGCGGCGUGGACACCUCCCUGUUCUACGCAGCCCACUUAAAAGACAAGGGGAUGCUGGUGGAGACGCCAGCCAGGGUGGAGGCAGACCACGUAGUCCUAGAGAACCCCAGCUUCUCCCCCAUAGGAGUCCUGCUGAGGACCAUCCACGCCGCCCUGCGCUUCCUCCCCGUCACCUCUGUUGUGCUGCUGUACCAUCACCUGAGGCCCGGGGAAGUCGCCUUCCACCUAUACCUCAUCCCCAGCGACUACUCCAUCCGCAAGGCCAUAGAUAAUGAAGAGAAAAAGUUCCAGUUUGUGCAGAUACACAAGCCGCCCCCACUGGCCUCACUCUACAUGGGCUCCCGCUACACUGUGUCUGGCUCAGAGAAGCUAGAGAUAAUCCCCAAGGAGCUGGAGCUCUGCUACCGCAGCCCCAGGGAACCCCAGCUCUUCUCUGAGUUCUACGUCAGCCACUUGGGGUCGGGGAUCAGGCUGCAAGUGAGAGACAAAAAGGAUGACACAGUGGUGUGGGAAGCCCUGGUAAAACCAGGGGAUCUCCGGCCUGUGGCUUCUCUGGCUCCUCCAGCCCCCGCAGAUGCCCCGGCCUGGCUGCACUUCGUGGACCGGCAUCGGGAGCAACUGGUGGCUCGGGUGACGUCGGUGGAUCCUGUGCUGGACAUGCUGCAUGGGCAGGUGUUGAGCGAGGAGCAGUACGAGAGGGUGCGGGCCGAGGCCACAACCCCCAACCAGAUGCGGAAGCUGUUCAGUUUCAGCAGGUCGUGGGACCGGGCCUGCAAGGACCAGGUGUACCAGGCUCUGAAGGAGGCCCACCCUCACCUCAUCAUGGAACUCUGGGAGAAGUGGGGCGGCAGCAGUGGCAAGCAGGCUCCUCCUGGCCAGCCCAGCAGCUGCAUCUCCAGCACCUGUCAUGAGGCCUGGCUCUGCUGACCACUCGUAGGGGCCUCGGCAUCUCCAUCUGGACACAAGCACAUGUCCGAGCGCCCUCCGGCUCCGAAGUCUUGGGGCUCCAGCGAUGCCCCCGCCCAGGGGGCACCACACAAGGCUCAGCUUUCCCAGGUGGGCUGUCGAGGCGCCACACUACAUCUCAGGGAAUGUCCAUCUGCAGCUGGCAGGACUUCUGCGGACCUUGCAGGAGCCUGAGCUGAGAGCCCAGGGUGGCAGGCGCCGCAGCCCAGCCUGGAGCUGUCCCGGGGCUGCUCGGAUGCAAGGAGGGGCAAGGGGGCCCUGAGGCUGGUGCGGGUGGGCUCCCCGGGGGGAAUCGGGGCCAGAAAGAGAUUCAUUUUUCACUUGUGCCUGUGGGGCUGGGUUUUUGCGUGAACCCAAACUGUGGUCCGUAGUUUCUGAAGGCAAGAUGGGCUGCUGGAGCUGGGAGGGGGCAGAGAAGGAUGCCACAGGGGAAACGGGGUCUGGACCCCACUUAGACGUCUCCUCCAGUACAAAUGGACUCCCUCACCUUUUGCCUGCACUGAGCACCCCUGCACUCCCGUGGCACCUGGUGCCCCUCAUCCCCCUCAGAGCACUCAGCACAUGGCUUCAUACAUCCUGCUCCAUUGCUGGCCUCCCCGCACCAGACAGGAAACUCUCCGAGGGCGGGAGCCACAUGUGAACUCAUCAGUUGACUUCAGAGCCUCGCACAGUGCCUGGCAUGCAGGCGAGCAUGAAGUGAGGCUUUGUUAGUAGGCACUUGGUAAAGGAACCCUCCCCGGGCACAUCCCUCAGCUCCCAUCCUGGCCACUGCACAUCCAUGGGAACACAGGGCUGCCCUCUGGAUGGUCCCCAAGUCAACAGGCCACCCCCACAGUCCCAGGGCGCCAGCAAUCUUAGAACAGAACCUGCUGGUGUUAACAGAUUUACACCAACAUCCUUCUCAUCGCAGGGGAGCCAGCUCUGCCCAAGAUCAGGAAGCACGAGCUGAUUGUACCCCCCACGCUGGUCAUCCUGCUCCCUUGGAGUCACUUCUCCCCCCCACUCACUCGGGCCCACUCCCCUUGACAUCACCCUCUACCUCGAAGCCCAGGGGAUACUCUUCUUCGGCAUUCCUGACUCUGAGGUUAAGACAAGAUCACCAAUGCACAGGCUCCAGCCAGUGCCCUGCAUGUGCUAAGACAGGAACAUUACGCCUUCCCUUCCUGGGGCCCCAUAAACGCUCCCCCUUGCCCACUAACACAGCUCACCCAGCUCCUUGCUGCAGCGACAUGGCUCUCUGACCCCUGCUCGGCUGGGGCCUAAAUUCACACUGUCAGAGCACCCCCAACCCUAUUAUUUGGGACCGCGGGCAUUUGCAUGUCAUGAAACUACAUCGUUCCACGUGGGGACCACAGGGCAGCGAGCUGGGUAGAUGGGGUGUCUCAGACUGAGGAGUACGUGGGGGGCGUUGGGACUGUAAACUGAAUUAGGGGACAGCUCACAGGGGCCACACAGGGCACUGCUGGGGUCUCACAGGAAGACAAGGAAAAGCUGCAGGGGAGGCAGGAGGAGGCUAGAUCUUGGGAAAAAAAGAUGGGGGAGGGAGCACAGAAGGAAGGUCCUCGGGUAUUACUAGGUCAGUGGAAGACGGAGAAAAGCCAGCUGCAAGACUCUCGACUCUCUACUCUCGGAUCAGAGCCUCAAAGUGAAUAGCCAGUGCCCUCUGUGCCCUAGAGUUUCCCAGUAGCCUUUGCUCCCAGGGGCCCAUCUCCCCAUUGAGAACAAGCUAUAGUCUGACCAGGGCAGGAAGCCCCUGUCUUUGCUCAAAGGCUGUCAGCCCUCCCUACCUGGGAGCUUCACUCUCAGUACUGCGAAAAGACACCGAGAACUAUCAAUGUGCCAAGAAAAGAAGUUUUACUGUCCCUGGUCCACCGGGACGACCUCCGUCCAGCCCACUCGAUGCCAAGUGUUUACAAACCGAGUAACACCCACAAAGCUUCUGGCAUCCAUUCACAGUCCCCCAGCACAGUGAAUUCAUACCAUCCCACCCCAUCCCCAGAGGCAAAACCCAUGGCUGUAUUCCCACUACUUCCUCUGGUGGCCACCAAGACCUGUACCCCCAAGGUCUAGCAGAACGCAGGUGCCAGACAUUAGAUGGAAGUUUGCUGAAUUCACACAAGGAAUGAAUUCUCAAGGAAGGAUGCCUUUUUUUUUUUUUUUUUAAGAUUUUACUUACUCAUGAGACAGGCAGAGACACAGGCAUGCGUGUGGGACUUAGGGGACUUAGGGGCCCCUCAGUGGCUAUUCUUAAGGAAUCACUACCUCAGGGCUUCUGGAAGACAGGCAAUACUUGUCCCGAUGAUGAGAGCAAUACAGACUCACUCUGGUUCAGGCCCUAAUCCUGGAACCAGGGAAGGAAGGGGUCCCAGGGAGAAUCCGUGGUCCCUUGUACUGUGGUGAGCCCCAGCCAGGAGGGCGGCUUGGAGAAGGAGCCAGGGAGCAGGGAAAUGCCCGGAUGGGAGCAUGACAGGAGGGCACUUGAUGGGAAGAGAUGGCAUUAGGCAGGCGUCCUUGGCUCUGUCCCUGGUUUCCUAGCAACAGCCAUGGAGCAGGUGGUUGCUAGGCAACUUGGGGCCACCCAGACAGCUGGUGGAGAUCCUCCGUCUGCGUGGGCAUGAAUCAGAACAGCGCAGGGCAGCAUCACUGCCGAGGGUGGCCCCUUGGCCCAUUACUUGUAUUCUCUUGUGUGUUGAUUGCUUUAGUUGCACAGAGAACAAUGUAACAUGAAGUCUGGAAAAACAAGGGGGAGACCAUCGUUGUCCCAACGAUGCAGGAAUGACCACCUUUACCCCUCCAGUUCUGGCCCAUCUCUGCAGGAAUACAUUCCACCCGUGGCCGUCCCUGCGCACGUGGUUUUGAAUCCUGCCUUUCUGGCUCGGAAUCAGAUCAGCUCGAGGACUUGUCAAGAGUUUUCAGGGGACUUCUGUGUGGAGACCAUGCACGGUCCCAUGGGGGGGGCAGAUCCAUCAUUUAAAUCAUCAGGUCCUCCUCUUGUUCCCAAGCUGACCUGGCUUCCCACAAUUUUCUGCCGUGGUAAGCACUACUGCAGUGCACACCCUGUUACAGAGAAAUUUCCUUUACUCUUAGAUCCUUGUCUCUAAAUCAGUAAUAAAGGGGCGAGAUGAUCCUAUCAGGACAUGAAUG